GAACAAGUUUAAAUCCAAAUUCAUUCACCGUUGGAAAUUGUAAUGGAUAAUAAAAUUGUCGAAGAGAGAAUAUAUAAAAUAACUUCACACUUUGACCCAUUGAUCUUGAAUAAUGAUUGUUGGCUUUUGAUUUGCGAUUUACUUACGUUUCAAGAUAUAUUAAAUCUGUCCAAAGUGUCACAUUCAUAUAAAAACCUUGUGGAAUACCUUGUAUUACCGUCAAAGUUAACGAAAUGGGAAAUUUCAUUUUCGUACGAUAUCAUCGGUUUAGAUGACUUUAAAUUUAUUUUAGAUUCUAUUUAUACAACCGUUCGAGAACUGCGCAUAUUGUUUCUACCUGAACGGCAUUUUGAGCUUUUGAGUUCCUACCAAUUCCCAAACGUCACUGAAAUACGUAUUACGUUAUCUCGCCCCAUGGAUGAAGCAGAUAUUUCUACGCUAAGCUACGUGUUUCCAAAUUUGCAAGAAUUCUCGCCUCAUGGAAUUUGCAGCAGUAAAGCAAUAGAAUUAUUUGCAAAUGUGGAACAUUUGACACUGACAUGCUGUAGAAACUUAACUAAAACUGAUUUAGGACGUAUACUCUUAACACUUAAUUUGAAAUCAUUAAAAUUAGAUAUUUUUAAAAAAGUCUCUCCUUUAAGUCGUGAAGAGUUUUUAAAAUUCAGUAAAAUUGAAGUCUUAACUCUCAAUCGAAUUGAGCUGGGACUUAUUUCUGGAGUUAAUUUAUCCGAUGUUCAUAAUCCAAUUAUAUUUAGUGAUCUUAAAGUGUUAAUAAUAACAGGUAAACUUAUAGAAUCAACAGAGAUAGAUAAACUGUUUGAAAACAUUCAAUUUAUUGUGUGCAGAGAUGUGAGUUCUAUAGAGAUCGCCAACGUUUCUGAUAACUUCCUUAGUACAUAUUUCAAUACAGAAAAGUACGACUUUUUGAAACGUGUCAGUGUUCUAAAAUUUAUAAAUACCACCAUUUUGAAUAACGUAAUUGGUGUGCCUAACAAGUAUAAGGAUCUUAGAGAGCUUUAUUUUUUCUACUGCCAUGCAGCAUUAAAUUUGGAUAUUUUAACCAUUAUAUCGAAUAGUCAGAAGGUAGAUCUAAUAAGCUUUGAGGAUUGUGAUAUCCCACAUAUUGUCAUAGGAAAAGCCUUUAUAAGGGACCACUUAGGUAUUCGGAGAAAUCAACUCAUAUUGAACUGGUGUUCCAAAGAAAAGAAUCCUGAUGUACAUUGCUAUAAUGAGUAUCGCAAUUUGAUAAAAUUAACAAAUGUCUCACAUAUUUCCAGUAAUUUUGAUUCUAUGACAAUACAAUUUAAGUAAUUUAUACAUAUUUAUGUAAGUACAAACUGUGGAUUAUGCAUACGAAACUUAUUUUUAAAAGUGGUCUUAAUGUAGAUUUGUUAAUAUAUGUUGUAGUCCCUUUAUGA